AUGGUAGGUCAACCAAUAGAGGCCAAGUCUUUGAAAGCUGCAUCCUCCGAAGAUGGAGAGGGUUACUUUGUCUCAGGACCAAGUAUGCAAGUGUUGGGCCAGCAGGCUGGUGCUAACCUCUGGGUCACCUGUAGUCCCAUGGUGGUCCAGAGCCUGUGUCCAGUGUCUCCUGUCACGAGUCAGGCCUACACCUCUGGGCCUCUGGUACCACACCACCAACCCCCACAAGGCCUGGUGGUACCUUACACAGAUGCCAGGUCCUUGCUCUCCAGAGAGUCCCUGGCAUCCACCACCCUGAGCCUAGCAGAGACCCAGUCAGUUCUGAGUGGCAGACAGGAGUGGCCCUAUGGCUACCGGGUCCUUCCUCCACUCUGCCCACAACAGGGUUCCACCCAGGCCAGCAAGGGGGGUGAGCUGCUCAGCCUGCCCCCUGGCACUGCCAUGUCUGGGGGCACCAGCAUCUCCAACUCUGCCUCCCUGCCCUCCUACCUGUUUGGGGGAGAUGCCAACAGCCCCCGGCAGUACUCAGCCCACUCCAAAAAGAAGGCCCUCUCCAUCUCACCUCUGUCAGACAGCCAUGGCCUUGACUUCAACUCCAUCAUCCGUACCUCGCCCACCUCGCUGGUGGCUUACAUCAAUGGCUCCCGGAGCUCUCCGACCUCCCACCACACCCUUUCACCCCUCCAGCCUGAGGUCUAUGGCCACUUCCUGGGGGUGAGAGGGAGCUGUAUCCCCUAUCCUCAGACUUCAGGCCUCCUCAGCCUACCAGGCUCCACGCUCGCUCUGACCCCACUGAGUGACCCCAAACCUGGAUUGGAGAGUGGCCGCAUGCAGAGGCUGGAGCAGGGCGGGGCGCUGGAGAGCCAGAUGGCUAACAUGGUGGUGGAGCAGCAGUGUCUCCCAGAGGAGGGAGGGACACCACAGAGGGCUGCCAGUAACACUAAUGACCUGGUGCCAUCUCUACACUUUCAGCUAGAGUUGGCCACCAUCAUCAGAUCAGAUAGUCCACCGCAGGGCCCCCCACCUCCUUACCACUCUCACUACCAGCACCGCCAACUCCAAAGACCUCCUAGCCACAUCCAGGGUCAGGCCCAGUCCCAGGGCCCUGAGGAAGAGGAGGGGGAGCUGGAGGACUACAGUGGGGGGCACUGCUGCCGCUGGGUGGACUGCAGUGCUGUGUAUGACCAAAAGAAGGAGCUGGUUAGGCACAUAGAGAAGCGCCAUGUGGACCAGCGGAAGGGCGAAGACUUCACCUGCUUCUGGGCGGUGUGUCCACGCAGGUUCAAGCCGUUCAAUGCCCGCUACAAACUCCUCAUCCACAUGAGAGUCCACUCUGGAGAGAAACCCAACAAGUGCACGUUUGAGGGCUGUCAGAAGGCUUUCUCUCGGCUGGAGAACAUGAAGAUCCACCUGCGCAGCCACACUGGAGAGAAGCCUUAUAUAUGCCAGCACCCCGGCUGCCACAAAGCCUUCAGCAACUCCAGCGACAGAGCCAAGCAUCAGCGCACACACCUGGACACGAAGCCGUACGCGUGUCAGAUCCCUGGUUGUGUAAAGCGCUACACUGACCCCAGCUCCCUGCGCAAGCACAUCAAAUCCCAUUCAUCCAAAGAGAGGCAGUUUAGGAAAAAGCUGAGGUCAUCAAUUGACAUGAGCCAAGAGACAUUAACGGACUGUCUAACCAUCCAACCCCUGCUACCCAGCCUCUCUCCUCUGGACAUGAUUAACAGCAAGCUGGGUCAAUCACCAAUACCUUCCCUAGAUCUCUACACAGCUGUUCCACAGGUCCAACCCUCCUCAAACAGCUCACACCUGGCUCUGCUGCGCCCCCAGCAGGACAGUUAUAGGUAUACAGCCACACAGCAGAAAGAUUAUUAUUAG